AUGGCCCCUACUAAGAUGAAACUGCGUGUCCGGCGGAAGGAGAGCGGAGGUGCAGGAGGUCAGGAACAGGAAGAGACCUCUAAGACCUCCUCUCAGUCGGUUUCGGCCGAGGCGUCUCCUGACUCUAAAUGCCCAAUCUGUCUGGACCGCUUCAACAACAUGUCUUACCUGGACAGGUAUUAGGCUCCCCGAUUAUCUGCUGCAAAGGCUACUCUUCCUGGGAUCCAAACAGGAAACUACACAACAAAUAAUAAUAUACAUUUACAUGACAAUUUAGACAUUCAGCAGACGCUCCCAUCCAGAGAGACCCACAGCUAGUGCAGCGAGACAACCACGUAUCACAACCACGUAUCACAAACACGUAUUACAACCACGUAUCACAGUCGUAUCACAACCACGUAUCACAACCACGUAUCACAACCACGUAUCACAGUCGUAUCACAACCACGUAUCACAACCACGUAUCACAGUCGUAUCACAACCACGUAUCACAGCCACGUAUCACAGUCGUAUCACAACCACGUAUCACAACCACGUAUCACAACCACGUAUCACAACCACGUAUCACAGUCGUAUCACAACCACGUAUCACAGUCGUAUCACAACCACGUAUCACCACCACGUAUCACAACCAUGUAUCACAACCACGUAUCACAGUCGUAUCACAACCACGUAUCACAGUCGUAUCACAACCACGUAUCACCACCACGUAUCACAGUCGUAUCACAACCACGUAUCACCACCACGUAUCACAGUCGUAUCACAGUCGUAUCACAACCACGUAUCACAGUCGUAUCACAGCCACGUAUCACAGUCUUAUCACAACCACGUAUCACAACCACGUAUCACAACCACGUAUCACAACCACGUAUCACAACCACGUAUCACAGUCGUAUCACAACCACGUAUCACAGUCGUAUCACAACCACGUAUCACAACCACGUAUCACAACCACGUAUCACAGUCGUAUCACAACCACGUAUCACAACCACGUAUCACAACCACGUAUCACAACCACGUAUCACAGUCGUAUCACAACCACGUAUCACAGUCGUAUCACAACCACGUUUCACAACCACGUAUCACAGUCGUAUCGCAACCACGUAUCACAGUCGUAUCACAACCACGUAUCACAACCACGUAUCACAACCACGUAUCACAACCACGUAUCACAACCACGUAUCACAGUCGUAUCACAACCACAUAUCACAGUCGUAUCACAACCACGUAUCACAGUCGUAUCACAACCACGUAUCACAGUCGUAUCACAACCACGUAUCACAGUCGUAUCACAACCACGUAUCACAACCACGUAUCACAACCACGUAUCACAACCACGUAUCACAGUCGUAUCACAACCACGUAUCACAACCACGUAUCACAGUCGUAUCGCAACCACGUAUCACAACCACGUAUCACAGUCGUAUCGCAACCACGUAUCACAACCACGUAUCACAGUCGUAUCACAACCACGUAUCACAACCACGUAUCACAGUCGUAUCACAACCACGUAUCACAACCACGUAUCACAACCACGUAUCACAGUCGUAUCACAACCACGUAUCACAGUCGUAUCACAACCACGUAUCACAACCACGUAUCACAGUCGUAUCACAACCACGUAUCACAGUCGUAUCACAACCACGUAUCACAGUCGUAUCGCAACCACAUAUCACAACCACGUAUCACAGUCGUAUCACAACCACGUAUCACAACCACGUAUCACAGUCGUAUCACAACCACGUAUCACAACCACGUAUCACAACCACGUAUCACAGUCGUAUCACAACCACGUAUCACAGUCGUAUCACAACCACGUAUCACAACCACGUAUCACAGUCGUAUCACCACCACGUAUCACAGUCGUAUCACAACCACGUAUCACAACCACGUAUCACAGUCGUAUCGCAACCACGUAUCACAACCACGUAUCACAGUCGUAUCACAACCACGUAUCACAACCACGUAUCACAGUCGUAUCGCAACCACGUAUCACAACCACGUAUCACAGUCGUAUCACAACCACGUAUCACAACCACGUAUCACAACCACGUAUCGCAGUCGUAUCACAACCACGUAUCACAGUCGUAUCACAACCACGUAUCACAACCACGUAUCACAGUCGUAUCGCAACCACGUAUCACAACCACGUAUCACAACCACGUAUCACAACCACGUAUCACAGUCGUAUCACAACCACGUAUCACAACCACGUAUCACAGUCGUAUCACAACCACGUAUCACAACCACGUAUCACAACCACGUAUCACAGUCGUAUCACAACCACGUAUCACAGUCGUAUCACAACCACGUAUCACAACCACGUAUCACAGUCGUAUCACAACCACGUAUCACAGCCACGUAUCACAGUCGUAUCACAACCACGUAUCACAGUCGUAUCACAACCACGUAUCACAACCACGUAUCACAGUCGUAUCACAACCACGUAUCACAGCCACGUAUCACAGUCGUAUCACAGUCGUAUCACAACCACGUAUCACAGUCGUAUCACAACCACGUAUCACAGUCGUAUCACAACCACGUAUCACAGUCGUAUCACAACCACGUAUCACAGUCGUAUCACAACCACGUAUCACAACCACGUAUCCACCACGUAUCCACACACGUAUCACAGUCGUAUCACAACCACGUAUCACAGUUCGUAUCACAACCACGUAUCACAACCACGUAUCACCGUCGUAUCACAACCACGUAUCACAGCCACGUAUCACAGUCGUAUCACAACCACGUAUCACAGUCGUAUCACAACCACGUAUCACAACCACGUAUCACAGUCGUAUCACACCACGUAUCACAGCCACUAUCACAGUCGUAUCACAACCACGUAAUCACAGUCGUAUCACAACCACGUAUCACAGUCGUAUCACAACCACGUAUCACAGUCGUAUCACAACCACGUAUCACAACCACAUAUCACAGUCGUAUCACAACCACGUAUCACAGUCGUAUCACAGUCGUAUCACAACCACGUAUCACAACCACGUAUCACAGUCGUAUCACAGUCGUAUCACAUACAUAAUACAAUGCAUAGAAAUAUAUGUGUGUCUCUUCACAGUCCCUGUCGUGCCGAAAGGUGCUCUGUUAUCUGUUUUUUAAAAUCUAUUUUUAUUGCUAGUUUGAGUUACCUGGGGUGGCAGAGAGUUCCAUGUAGUCAUGGCUCUAUUUAAUACUGUGUGUUUCCCAGCCUCUGUUCUGGACCUGGGGACUGGGAAGAGACCUCUGGUUGCAUGUCUUGUGUUGUACCGAUGAGUGUCCGAACUGUGUGCCAACUGCUUGAACAGACCGUUCGGUAACUUCAACACAUCAAUACCUCCCUCAAAGACCCCAAUAGUGAUGCAGUCAAUCUCUCCUCAACUUUGAGCCAGGAGAGAUUGACGUGCAUGUCAUUGACAUUCGCCGUCCGUGUACUUCUAAGUGCGAUCCGUACGUGCUGCUCUGUUCUGGACCAACUGCAAUUAGCCGAUAUCCUUCUUAGCUGCACCAGAACACACAACUGGACAGUCCAGAACUAGGGCCCAGGUAAAGGAAUGACAGGCUGUUCCCAAAUGUAAGUUCUGACUUCAGCAGACUUCACCCGACGAAGACUUCCUGUGAAUUCAAAAUGUGUGUAUUUUGGUAGUAUAUUCUUUUUAGCCCAGCAGCAAUAUUGUGAAGUUUAGGAUGUCACCCGUUUCACCCGUUUCUUCAUGAACAGGUGCCUCCACCGCUUCUGCUUCCGAUGCAUACAGGAGUGGAGCAACAACAAGGUAGGAGUCAAGUGUCCGAAAUAGAACCCUAUUCCCUAUGUAGUGCACUACUUUUUUUGUACACAGAAGAAGCACUAGGCUAGACGUUGUGUAUUUACAAUAUCACUGCUCUGAGUUGCUUUUUGAUUGCUGAAAUGAUUGACAAACCAAUUUGCCCUCUGGGAUGAAUAAAGAAUGUUAUUUGUGAUCUAUCUCUAGGUGGAGUGUCCGCUGUGUAAGCAGCCGUUCUCCUCCAUCCUCCACUCUAUCAAGGCCCAGGACAACUUUAAAGAGUUUACUCUCAGACCGGCACCUGUACCUGGGGAGAACGGGACCGCAAUGAUCGCAGCUGCCGAAGCAGCCGCCGCUGCCUUGGUGACCGCCAGGGUGGGCGGUAAUCAGGGAGAACGAAGGAGGACGCGGAGAAGAGGAGGAGGAGGAGGAGGAGGAGGGAGAGAGAGGAGACAGUCAGGACGACUGUGGAGAGGGAGGGGACUCUCUUCUGCUCCUUCCCCUCCUCUCCCCCCUCUUCAUCCCCCUCCUCUACCCCGGCCCGAUGAAGGAGGGAUGAGAGGUAACCUUAGACACGAUUUGUUUUUACCACUUUGGAAAUAAAUGUUUUCAUUCAUAUUUUAAAGUGCUCAAUUUUUUUACCCAAAUAAAUUCAAUUUACUGCUUGUGGUUGGUCUAGAGGGUACCUUCACCUGUAGGAGUUACACACACCUUCACCUGUAGGAGUUACACACACCUUCACCUGUAGGAGUUACACACACCUUCACCUGUAGGAGUUACACACACCAUCACCUGUAGGAGUUACACACACCUUCACCUGUAGGAGUUACACACACCUUCACCUGUAGGAGUUACACACACCUUCACCUGUAGGAGUUAUACACACCUUCACCUGUAGGAGUUAUACACACCUUCACCUGUAGGAGUUAUACACACCUUCACCUGUAGGAGUUAUACACACCUUCACCUGUAGGAGUUAACACACACCCUUCACCUGUAGGAGUUAUACACACCUUCACCUGUAGGAGUUACUGUAGGAGUUAUACACACCUUCACCUGUAGGAGUUACACACACCUUCACCUGUAGGAGUUAUACACACCUUCACCUGUAGGAGUUAUACACACCUUCACCUGUAGGAGUUAUACACACCUUCACCUGUAGGAGUUAUACACACCUUCACCUGUAGGAGUUACACACACCUUCACCUGUAGGAGUUAUACACACCUUCACCUGUAGGAGUUACUGUAGGAGUUAUACACACCUUCACCUGUAGGAGUUACACACACCUUCACCUGUAGGAGUUCUACACCACCCCAGUGUGGGUACCUUCACAGCUAUUCUGCAUCUCUCCUCACUGUUUCCACACUCAUUUCACAAAAGAUUGGGAUUUUUUUUUGUUCUCACCCCACUCUCUCUCUAUCCCUCUCCCCCUCUCUCUCUCUGUCCCUCUCCCCCCUUUCCUCUCUCUCUUCCCACUCCUGUCUGUCCCUCUCUCUCUGUCCCUCUCCCCCUUUCAUCUCUCCCUCUCCCCCCUCUCUCUCUGGUCCCCCUCUCUCUCUCUCUCUCUCUCUCUCUGUCCCCCCCCCUCUCUCUCUGGUCACUCUCCCCCCUCUCUCUGUCCCUCUCCCCCUCCCUCUCUCUGUCCCUCUCCCCUCCCUCUCUGUCCCUCUCUCCCCUCUCUCUCUGUCCCUCUCCCCCUUUCUCUCUCCCCUCCCUCUCUGUCCCUCUCUCCCCCUCUCUUCUCUGUCCCUCUCCCCCUUUCUCUCUCUCUCUCUCUCUUUCCCUCUCUCCCCUCUCUCUCUGUCCCUCUACCCCCUUUCUCUCUCUCUCUGUCCCUCCUCUCCCCUCUCUCUCUCCUCCCCUUUCUCUCUCUCUCUGUCCCUCUGUCCUCGUACUCUCCCCCCCUCUCUCUCUAUGUCCCUCUCUCCUCUCAUGUCCCGUUCUCCCCUCCUCUCCCCCCUCUCUCUCUCUGUCCCCUUUCUCCCUCUCCCCCUCUCUCUCUCUGGUCCCUCUCCCCCCUCUCUCUCUCUGUCCCUCUGUCCCUCUCUCCCCUCUCCCUCUCUCCCCUCUCCCCCUGUCCCACUUCCCUCUCAGGAGAGAUGGAUGGAGAGGACCCGGGGGUGAUCUUUGAAGGGCUGACUGGUGUGGCCGCACCCCCCCCUCACGACCGAGGGGUACAGCGCCUCAUGGUGCGGCUGGCUGCUAGGCGCCGGUCCCAGAGAGAGGGGCGCUCCGCAAGACUGCUCCGACCACGGGAGAUGCUCUCCUUCCGCCGGGCUCUCUACCGCAGUGGCGUACGUGUCAGGAACGGUCGCGGCAGUGGCGAGAGGCCCCGUGACAUCACGGCGGCAUUUUACCAGCGGAACCCGGCAGGUCUCCAUAGACUCCUCCCCUGGUUACAGGUGUGUGUGGUUACAGAUGGAUGCUGUUUCUACUUGCAGUGCAUCCGGAAAGUAUUCAGACCCCUUGAACUUCUCCACAUUUUGUUACGUUUACAGCCUUAUUCUAAAAUUGAUUAAAUAGUUUUUUUCCCCUCAAAUCUACACACGAUACCCCAUAAUGACAAAGCAAAAACAGGUUUUUGGAACUGUUUGCACAUUUAUUAAAGACAAAAUACUGAAAUAAUACAUUUACAUAAGUAUUCAGACCCUUUACUCAGUACUUUGUUGAAGCACCUUUGGCAGCGAUUACAGCCUUGAGUCUUCUUGGGUAUGACGCUACAAGCUUGGCACACCUGUAUUUGGGGAGUUUCUCCCAUUCUUCUCUGCAGAUCCUCUCAAGCUCUGUCAGGUUGGAUGGGGAGCGUCGCUGCACAGCUAUUUUCAGGUCUCUCCAGAGAUGUUUGAUCGGGUUCAAGUCCGGGCUCUGGCUGGGCCACUCAAGGACAUUCAGAGACUUGUCCCGAAGCCACUCCUGCGUUGUCUUGGCUGUGUGCUUAGGGUCGUUGUCCUGUUGGAAGGUGAACCUUCGCCCCAGUUUGAGGUCCUGAGCGCUCUGGAGCAGGUUUUCAUCAAGGAUCUCUCUGUACUUUGCGCCGUUCAUCUUUCCCUCGAUCCUGACUAGUCUUCCAGUCCCUGUCGCUGGAAAACAUCCCCACAGCAUGAUGCUGCCACCACCAUGCUUCACCGUAGGGAUGGUGCCAAGAGGUUUCCUCUAGAAGUGACGCUUGGCAUUCAGGCCAAAGAGUUCAAUCAUGGUUUCAUCAGACCAGAGAAUGUUGUUUCUCAUGGUCUAAGAGUCCUUUAGGAGCCUUUUGGCAAACUCCAAGUGGGCUGUCAUGUGCCUUUUACUGAGGAGUGGCUUCCAUCUGGCCACUCUACCAUAAAGGCCUGAUUGGUGGAGUGCUGCAGAGAUGGUUGUCCUUCUGGAAGGUUCUCCCCAUCUCCACAGAGGAACUCUGGAGCUCUGUCAGAGUGACCAUCAGGUUCUUGGUCACCUCCCUGACCAAGGCCCUUCUCCCCCGAUCGCUCAGUUUGGCCGGGCGGCCAGCUCUAGGAAGAGUCUUGGUGGUUCCAAACUUCUUCCAUUUAAGAAUGAUGGAGGCCACUGUGUUCUUGGGGACCUUCAAUGCUGCAGAAAUGUUUUGGUACCCUUCCCCAGAUCUGUGCCUCGACACAAUCCUGUCUCGGAGCUCUACGGACAAUUCCUUCAACCUUAUGGCUUGGUUUUUUGCUCUGACAUGCACUGUCAACUGUGGGAACCUUGUAUAGACAGGUGUGUGCCUUUCCAAAUCAUGUCCAAUCAAUUGAAUUUACCACAGGUGGACUCCAAUACAUUUGAAGAAACAUCUCAAGGAUGAUCAAUGGAAACAGGAUGCACCUGAGCUCAAUUUCAAGAUUCAUAGUAAAGGGUCUGAAUACUUAUGUAAAUAACGUAUUCCUGUUUUUUUAAUUGUAAUCAUUUGCAAAAAUGUAUACAUCUGUUUCUGCUUUGUCAUUAAGGUGGUAUUGUGUGUAGAUUGAUGAGGGGGGAAAAAUAAUUUGAUUAAUUUUAGAAUAAGGCUGUAACGUAACAAAAUGUGGAAAAGGUAAAGGGGUAUGAAUACAAAAAUGCUUAAACCACAUCAGGAGACCACUUUUGAGGUCUUGGGAAAUUUAGAUUUCUAGUAGUUACCUUUUUAAUUCCAGUGCACCUCUAGCAAGAGCCGCUUUAGUGAUGUUUUUGUAGCACAGGUGAUGGUUUGCAAAACAAAUACCCACGGGAUUGAUGCGAAUAAUCAUGAUAUCAUUCUGACAGGCUACUUUGUAGUUGAUAUUUAAUUGAGAAGGUUUUUGGGAAAGCCUUUCCAUUACCAGAAUAUUUUUCAUUAGCGUCAUAGCAAACGGUUACACAAAGUGGUGGACACGUGCACCGCUCAUACGUACAGGAGGAAUUCUCCUCUUCAGAAAGAUUCAGGAAAUAUGAAUCACUGAUGCAUUCUGUUCAUGGCUUAUGAUCAACUUGGGCAAAUACAUUUUCAAUACAGUUAGUUGAUUCCCUACUAAGUUCAAUACAGUUAGUUGAUUCCCUACUAAGUUCAAUACAGUUAGUUGAUUCCCUACUAAGUUCAAUACAGUUAGUUGAUUCCCUACUAAGUUCAAUACAGUUAGUUGAUUCCCUACUAAGUUCAAUACAGUUAGUUGAUUCCCUACUAAGUAAAAAAAAAUAUAUAAUAUUGUAGAAUUCCGUUUUAAUGUCUGGAUUCCGUGAUUCCGUCCGUGUUCGCUGCAUCUCUGAUUUCAUAGGGCCCUAGGUGUAGGGUGAUUUUAUAGGGCCCUAGGUGUAGGGUGAUUUCAUAGGGCCCUAGGUGUAGGGUGAUUUCAUAGGGCCCUAGGUGUAGGGUGAUUUUAUAGGGCCCUAGGUGUAGGGUGAUUUUAUAGGGCCCUAGGUGUAGGGUGAUUUCAUAGGGCCCUAGGUGUAGGGUGAUUUUAUAGGGCCCUAGGUGUAGGGUGAUUUUAUAGGGCCCUAGGUGUAGGGUGAUUUUAUAGGGCCCUAGGUGUAGGGUGAUUUUAUAGGGCCCCAGGUGUAGGGUGAUCUUUAUAGGGCCCCAGGUGUAGGGUGAUUUCAUAGGGCCCUAGGUGUAGGGUGAUUUUAUAGGGUCCUAGGUGUAGGGUGAUUUUAUAGGGCCCUAGGUGUAGGGUGAUUUUAUAGGGCCCUAGGUGUAGGGUGAUUUUAUAGGGCCCUAGGUGUAGGGUGAUCUUUAAAGGGCCCUAGGUGUAGGGUGAUUUUAUAGGGCCCCAGGUGUAGGGUGAUUUCAUAGGGCCCUAGGUGUAGGGUGAUUUUAUAGGGCCCUAGGUGUAGGGUGAUUUUAUAGGGCCCUAGGUGUAGGGUGAUUUUAUAGGGCCCUAGGUGUAGGGUGAUUUUAUAGGGCCCUAGGUGUAGGGUGAUUUUAUAGGGCCCUAGGUGUAGGGUGAUUCAUAGGGCCCUAGGUGUAGGGUGAUUUUAUAGGGCCCUAGGUGUAGGGUGAUUUCAUAGGGCCCUAGGUGUAGGGUGAUUUUAUAGGGCCCUAGGUGUAGGGUGAUUUUAUAGGGCCCUAGGUGUAGGGUGAUUUUAUAGGGCCCUAGGUGUAGGGUGAUUUUAUAGGGCCCUAGGUGUAGGGUGAUUUCAUAGGGCCCUAGGUGUAGGGUGAUUUUAUAGGGCCCUAGGUGUAGGGUGAUUUUAUAGGGCCCUAGGUGUAGGCCAGUAAGCUUUGCAAUCAAAUGUAUUUUACUGCCGCUGGUAUCAAGUCUCUCAGAGCGUGUUUGCAGUUUGCAUAUUUGAUUAAUUGAAACUUUGACCGCUAACCCUUGACCUGUAACCCUUGACCUGUAACCCUGGUUACAGCGGGAGCUGACGGUGCUGUACGGCGCCCACGGCUCAUUGGUCAACAUCGUCCAACGCAUCAUCACCUCGCGAAUCACACGUCACGACAUGGAGGGAGGGGGCGGGGCCAUCCAGGACGAGCUCCGUCCCUUCCUGCUGGCGAGGACUGAUCACUUCCUCCACGAGCUGGUGAGCACCCUCUCCCUAAACCACAUGCACUAACUCACACCCGCCACCCCCCCCCCCCCCCCCACUAACCCUCGUGUCUCUCCCCCCAGAUCAGUUUUGCCCGUUCCCCUCUCAGUUUGGAAGCGUAUGACCAGCUGGCCAUCUACGACCCUCCAGCGCCGUCCUACGAGGACAGGAUGACAUCAUCUAGCGACACUGAUGACUCCGUCAUCGCCAUCUCGGAUGAAGAGGUUUUAUAUAUUUUUUUUUUAUUGCUACUUCUUACUGAAUACUUUUUAAAUAGUUGCUGAGAGAAGAGUUGGUGAGUAAGCAUGUCAUUGUACUGUCUACACUACGCUGUAUCCUAUCUACACUACGCUGUAUCCUGUCUACACUAUGCUGUAUCCUGUCUACACUACGCUGUAUCCUGUCUACACUACGCUGUAUCCUGUCUACACUAUGCUGUAUCCUGUCUACACUACGCUGUAUCCUGUCUACACUAUGCUGUAUCCUGUCUACACUAUGCUGUAUCCUGUCUACACUAUGCUGUAUCCUGUCUACACUAUGCUGUAUCCUGUCUACACUAUGCUGUAUCCUGUCUACACUAUGCUGUAUCCUGUCUACACUAUGCUGUAUCCUGUCUACACUACGCUGUAUCCUGUCUACACUAUGCUGUAUCCUGUCUACACUACGCUGUAUCCUGUCUACACUAUGCUGUAUCCUGUCUACACUACGCUGUAUCCUGUCUACACUAUGCUGUAUCCUGUCUACACUACGCUGUAUCCUGUCUACACUAUGCUGUAUCCUGUCUACACUAUGCUGUAUCCUGUCUACACUACGCUGUAUCCUGUCUACACUAUGCUGUAUCCUGUCUACACUACGCUGUAUCCUGUCUACACUAUGCUGUAUCCUGUAUACACUAUGCUGUAUCCUGUCUACACUACGCUGUAUCCUGUCUACACUAUGCUGUAUCCUGUCUACACUAUGCUGUAUCCUGUCUACACUAUGCUGUAUCCUGUCUACACUACGCUGUAUCCUGUCUACACUAUGCUGGUAUCCUGUCUACACUACGCUGUAUCCUGUCUACACUAUGCUGUAUCCUGUCUACACUAUGCUGUAUCCUGUCUACACUACGCUGUAUCCUGUCUACACUACGCUGUAUCCUGUAUACACUAUGCUGUAUCCUGUCUACACUACGCUGUAUCCUGUCUACACUAUGCUGUAUCCUGUCUACACUACGCUGUAUCCUGUCUACACUAUGCUGUAUCCUGUCUACACUAUGCUGUAUCCUGUCUACACUACGCUGUAUCCUGUCUACACUAUGCUGUAUCCUGUCUACACUACGCUGUAUCCUGUCUACACUACGCUGUAUCCUGUCUACACUACGCUGUAUCCUGUCUACACUAUGCUGUAUCCUGUCUACACUGCGCUGUAUCCUGUCUACACUACGCUGUAUCCUGUCUACACUACGCUGUAUCCUGUCUACACUACGCUGUAUCCUGUCUACACUAUGCUGUAUCCUGUCUACACUACGCUGUAUCCUGUCUACACUAUGCUGUAUCCUGUCUACACUAUGCUGUAUCCUGUCUACACUAUGCUGUAUCCUGUCUACACUAUGCUGUAUCCUGUCUACACCUACGCUGUAUCCUGUCUACACUACGCUGUAUCCUGUCUACACUAUGCUGUAUCCUGUCUACACUAUGCUGUAUCCGGUCUACACUAUGCUGUAUCCUGUCUACACUAUGCUGUAUCCUGUCUACACUAGCUGUAUCCUGUCUACACUAUGCUGUAUCCUGUCUACACUAUGCUGUAUCCUGUCUACACUAUGCUGUAUCCUGUCUACACUAUGCUGUAUCCUGUCUACACUAUGCUGUAUCCUGUCUACACUAUGCUGUAUCCUGUCUACACUAUGCUGUAUCCUGUCUACACUAUGCUGUAUCCUGUCUACACUAUGCUGUAUCCUGUCUACACAUGCUGUAUCCUGUCUACACUAUGCUGUAUCCUGUCUACCCUACGCUGUAUCCCGUCUACACUAUGCUGUAUCCUGUCUACACUAUGCUGUAUCCUGUCUACACUAUGCUGUAUCCUGUCUACAUAUGCUGUAUCCUGUCUACACUAUGCUGUAUCCUGUCUACACUAUGCUGUAUCCUGUCUACACUAUGCUGUAUCUGUCUACACUAUCUGUAUCCUGUCUACACUAUGCUGUAUCCUGUCUACACUAUGCUGUAUCCUGUCUACACUAUGCUGUAUCCUGUCUACACUAUGCUGUAUCCUGUCUACACUAUGCUGUAUCCUGUCUACACUACGCUGUAUCCUGUCUACACUAUGCUGUAUCCUGUCUACACUAUGCUGUAUCCUGUCUACACUAUGCUGUAUCCUGUCUACACUAUGCUGUAUCCUGUAUACACUAUGCUGUAUCCUGUCUACACUAUGCUGUAUCCUGUCUACACUACGCUGUAUCCUGUCUACACUAUGCUGUAUCCUGUCUACACUGCGCUGUAUCCUGUGCAUUUGAUUUGAGGACGAAUAGGAGUAUAUUUCCCCUCAGGAGUCUGUCUGUCUCUCUGUCUCUCCAGGAAGAGGAAGGAGGGUCGAUGGGAGGACGGGAGAGACGGCCGGUGUCGGUAGCAGGAAGUAGCGCUCUGAGCCAAUCCGCUUGGGACGAUGAAACACCAGGACCCUCCUACUCUACAGCUGAGCCGUCCCAUUCCCCCAUGCCGCUGUCGAUCAGCCCUGGGGGGCGGGACUCUGGUCCAGUGGGAGCCAAUCAGCAUCCUGCUCAGGACGUGACAGCGGCAGGAGAUGAGGAGGAGGAGGAGGAGGGAGAACAGUGUAUGAUCGUGGGGUUUGUUAAAGCCAUGGCUGAGAGAACUCCUGAACUGGUCCAACUCUCCUCUGACCCCUCAGAUGAAGAGGAGAAAGAGACUCUUCCACUUCCAGCACUACCCCCUCUCUCUCUCGCUAUCUCUCCUCAGUUUAAAAACACCAGCACAGAGAGACAGGGAGGAGAGGGGGAGAGGGGACUGGGGGAGGGCGGAGUGGGGGAGAGGGAGAAGGGACUGGGGGAGAGGGAGGAGGGACUGGGGGAGAGGGAGAAGGGACUGGGGGAGAGCGGAGUGGGGGAGAUGGAGAGGGGACUGGGGGAGAGCGGAGUGGGGGAGAGGGAGAGCGGAGUGGGACUAAAACAUCUAGACAGAGAGAGAGAGCGGGUAGAAGAGAGACUCCUCUAUUGCCCUCUAGUGGAGAGAAGGGAGGGCAGACCCCGAGAGAGGUCUAGAAGCAGACAGCGGUCAGCGAGCGUCUGGUCACGGUCCCGUCGGUCCAGGAGUUCUGAACGGAGCUGGUCGGCAUGGAGCGCCGUGUCCGUACGGAGCGAUGACAGCAGCCAGGAACGCCACCGGAAGAGACGGGCGAGAGAGCGGGAGAAAAGGAGAAAAGAGAAGGGAAAAAGAAGAGACAAAACUUCCCACUACAGAGUCUCCUAUAGACAACACAGCAGACAGCGCAGGAGGGAGAGACAGACCAGUGGAGAGAGGGAGAGGGAGAGGGAGAGGGAGAGGCAGACCAGUGGAGAGAGGGAGAGGGAGAGGGAGAGGGAGAGGCAGACCAGUGGAGAGAGAGAGAGGGAGAGAAGCAGAGGUAGAGACCGAGCGAGAGAAAGGAUUCCAUAUGAACCAGCCAGGUCCAAAUAUUCUCACGCAGGAAUAGUCGUUAGUCCGGAAUACAGCGUCCUAUCCCAUUCCCCGUCCUUAUCCUGGAGUAGCCAGCGAGGACCAGAAUCUCCUGGGGAACACCGGCGUUCCCGGUCCUCCGACAGCCUCUCUUCCUCCAGCUCCCUGUCCCAUCUCUCUGCAGACAGACAACAUUCCCGGCGUUCCCAACGCUCCGACAAGCCAGGAGGGAAGAGGAAGUAUAAAACGCGGCAUCUGGAAGACCCUUCCUGGGAGCCAUCCAGCUCCGCAAGGAGAGAGCGGGGGAGAGGGGGAGAGAGGGGGAGAGGCGGAGAGAGAGAGAAGAGGGGACGGGGAGCAGAAGCCACCGCUAGCCCCAGGAAGUGCAGAGGCGGUCUGGAAGAGAGGUGAGGAGGACUGGGGCUUGGAGAGGGGCUAGUCUAUACCAUAACAUACUGGGUGAGUCCCAAAUGUUACCUUAUUCCUUAUAUAGUGCACUACUUUAGACCAGAGCCCUAUGUGCACUAUAUAGGGCAGGGGUAUUCAACUCUGACCCUACGAGGUCCGGAGCCUGCUGGUUUUCUGUUCUACCUAAUAAUGAUAUUUUUCUUUUUUGUUGCCUUACAACCUGGAAUUAAAAUGUUUUUUUUUGGGGGGGGGGGGGGUUGUAUCAUUUGAUUUACACAACAUGCCUACCACUUUGAAGAUGCAAAAUAUGUUUUAUUGUGAAACAAACAAGAAAUAAGACAAUUUGAGCGCUCAUAACUAUUCACCCCCCCCCCCCCCCCCAAAGUCAAUACUUUGUAGAGCCACCUUUUGCAGCAAAUACAGCUGAAAGUCUCUUGGGGUAUGUCUCUAUAAGCUUGGAACAUCUAGCCACUGGGAUUGCUGCCCAUUCUUCAAAGCAAAACUGCUCCAGCUCCUUCAAGUUGGAUGGGUUCUGCUGGUGUACAGCAAUCUUUAAGUCAUACCACAGAUCCUCAAUUGGAUUGAGGUCUGGGCUUUGACUAGGCCAUUCCAAGACAUUUAAAUGUUACCCCUUAAACCACUCGAGUGUUGCUUUAGCAGUAUGCUUAGGGUCAUUGUCCUGCUGGAAGGUGAACCUCUGUCCCAGUCUCAAAUCUCUGGAAGACUGAAACAGGUUCCCCUCAAGAAUUUCCCUGUAUUUAGCGCCAUCCAUCAUUCCUUCAAUUCUGACCAGUUUCCCAGUCCUUGCCGAUGAAAAACAUCCCCACAGCCUGAUGCUGCCACCACCAUGCUUCACUGUGGGGAUGGUGUUAUUGGGGUGAUGAGAGGUGUUGGGUUUGCACCAGACAUAGCGUUUUCCUUGAUGGCCAAAAAGCUCAAUUUUAAAAGCUCAAUUUUAGUCUCAUCUGACCAGAGUAUGUUUGGGGAGUCUCCCACAUGCCUUUUGGUGAACACCAAACAUGUUUGCUUAUUUUUUUCUUUAAGCAAUGUCUUUUUUCUGGCCACUCUUCCGUAAAUCCCAGCUCUGUGGAGUGUUUGGCUUAAAGUGGUCCUAUGGACAGAUACUCCAAACUCCGCUGUGGAGCUUUGCAGAUCCUUCAGGGUUAUCUUUGGUCUCUUUGUUGCCUCUCUGAUUAAUGACCUAAGUUUGUUGUGGUGCCAUAUUCUUUCAAUUUUUUAAUAAUGGAUUUAAUGGUGCUCCGUGGGAUGUUAAAAGUUUCUGAUAUUUUUUUAUAACCCAACCCUGAUCUGUACUUCUCCACAACUUUGUCCCUGACCUGUUUGGAGAGCUUCUUGGUCUUCAUGGUGCCACUUGCUUCAUGGUGCCCCUUGCUUAGUGGUGUUGCAGACUCUGGGACCUUUCAGAACAGGUGUAUAUAUACUGAGAUCAUGUGACACUUAGAUUGCAAACAGGUGGACUUUAUUUAACUAAUUAUGUGACUUAUGAAGGUCAUUGGUUGCACCAGGUCUUAUUAAGGGGCUUCAUAGCAAAGGGGGUGAAUACAUAUGCACGCACCACUUUUCCAUUAUUUAUUUGAAUUUUUUUAAACAAGUUAUUUUUUUCAUUUCACUUCAGCAAUUUGGACUAUUUUGUGUAUGUCCAUUACAUGAAAUCCAAAUAAAAAUCCAUUUAACUUACAGGUUGUAAUGCAACAAAAUAGGAAAAACGCCAAGGGGGAUGAAUAAUUUUGCAAGGCACUGUAAAUCAGUCCCUGAUUUUUAGAGGGGAACAAUUAAAAAACACAGUGGAACUGGCUUGGAGGUCCAGAGGGUAGUUUGAGGGGAUAGGGUGACAUUUGGGAUACUGCCACUGUUGAUUUCUAAUCCUAUAGUGUAUUCUCACUAGGUAUGUCAUUUCUAACUCUGUGUGUCUUUCUGUCUGUGUGUCUGUCUGUCUGUGUGUGUGUCUGUCUGUGUGUGUGUGUGUGUGUCUGUCUGUGUGUGUGUGUGUGUGUGUGUCUGUCUGUCUGUGUAUCUGUCUGUGUGUCUGUCUGUGUGUGUGUGUGUCUGUCUGUGUGUGUGUGUGUGUGUGUGUGUGUCUGUCUGUGUGUGUCCAUCCGUCCCCAGUGUGAAGAAGAGAAGGCGUCAGUCCCGCAGCCCCAGCAUUGAAAUCCUCUAUGAAGGGAGGACCGUGAACGCUGCUAGCCCUUUACGACCGCAACACAAACGCAAUGGCCGGAGGAAACAACGCCUCCAACACUCUCCCGUGGUCAUUACCAUAGACAGCGACAGCGACAACAAACAUACAGUCCAAACAACCACACUGGAAGAUGAUCGCGCCCUGGAUUUAUCUGACCGUGCUCUGACCGUGCCCGGUCUUCCACUAGGCGACCACAACCUGGACAUGGGGGUCGAUAUCAGUGAUUUACCGGUCGAUAUUCUCGACCGUUCUUUGACCGUUUCGGACCACAACUCGGACAUUGACCACAAUGAUGUAAUCGACCAUAAAACGGAUGUCGAUGACGACUGUGUAGUUGACGUUUCUAUAGACGUCAAGGACCGCGUUCUGAACACAAACACUGACGCAAAUGCGGUGGAUCGUACCCAGAACGCAGACGGUGGCGGUCUUGUUCGCCCCCAGGUCAACCACAGCUGUGACCCUGGGGGCGCAGCCUCCGACUCCCGUCACCUAGCAACCAUCCUACAGGACUUGGAACAUAUCACGCAGCCUAACCUGACCUUUACCCCCAACCUGAACCCGGACCCUAACCGCAUGCAGAAAGCCAGGCCGCCCAGAGAGACCACACCGACUCCUUGGUCCUCUGAGGGAGAGACUAACUUCAACACCAACAGCCCCGUUUCACCUACAGCGACCCACUCUACUAGUUCUGUAUCAUUCACAGACUACCACUCUGCUAGUCCUAUAUCGCCUAUAGGUCACCCUGCUAGUCCUAUAGGUCACCCUGCUAGUCCUAUAUCGCCUAUAGGUCACCCUGCUAGUCCUAUAGGUCACUCUGCUAGUCCUAUAGGUCACUCUGCUAGUCCUAUAUCGCCUAUAGGUCACCCUGCUAGUCCUAUAUCGCCUAUAGGUCACCCUGCUAGUCCUAUAGGUCACCCUGCUAGUCCUAUAGGUCACCCUGCUAGUCCUAUAUCGCCUAUAGGUCACCUGCUAGUCCUAUAUCGCUAUAGUCACCCUGCUAGUCCUAUAUCGCCUAUAGGUCACUCUGCUAGUCCUAUAUCGCCUAUAGGUCACCCUGCUAGUCCUAUAUCGCCUAUAGGUCACUCUGCUAGUCCUAUAUCGCCUAUAGGUCACUCUGCUAGUCCUAUAUCGCCUAUAGGUCACCUGCUAGUCCUAUAUCGCUAUAGGUCACUCUGCUAG